CGCAUUUGUUGCUCGUGCCAUAGAGUCAAUACGAAAAUAUUAUCAUAGUCUGAUAGUUUGCCUGCAGAAAUCGUCAGAUUGUCUCAGUUAUAGUUCAUUCAACACGCAGCUGGAGCUCUGAGAGGAGACCGUGCGCGAAGAGAAGCGGCUGCUCACUGGAGGAGGCUCAACAGACUGAACACGAGUGAAUCUAAGCUGCAAACUUGACACUGUAUCCACAUGGCAGAACCCAAUUUUCCCCCACUGCCCGGAUUCAUUCCACUCAAGCCAUGUUUCCACCAGGACUUUGACGAGAUCCCUGAGCAGCAUCGCAGCAUGUGCAAGAAAAUGUACCACCUGUGGAUGUGUGAGUGCACAGUGAACAGCGCCACACUUGUAGUGAAUCUCUUCGGAUGCUUUGCUUGGAUGUUCGGUGGAGGUGGAGUGACCAACUUUGGCAUGGCAAUCAUCUGGCUCCUCAUGUUCACUCCCUGCUCUUACGUCUGUUGGUUUAGGCCCAUCUACAAGGCCUUUAAGAAUGACAGCUCCUUCAACUUCAUGCUGUUCUUUUUUGUGUUCAUGGCCCAAGUCGGCAUCAGCAUCAUCCAAAGCAUUGGCAUCCCUGGGUGGGGAGUGUGUGGUUGGCUGGCAACCAUCUCCUUCUUCAGCUAUAAUAUUUUCAUUGCACUGAUAAUGCUGGUCCCUACAAUCAUGUUCACGGCUGUGGCCUCGCUGUCCUUCAUUGCCCUCACCAGGAUCCAUAAUUUCUACCGUGGCAGCGAGGCCAGCAUGUCCAAAGCUCAGGAGGAGUGGGCCACAGGAGCCUGGAAGAACCCUCAUGUCCAGGCUGCUGCCCAGGAGGCCGCCAUGGGGGUGGCCACCGGAGGCAUGCAGAAUCAGUACUCCAGCCCACAAUAUAAUGACAACCAGAUGUAAACGCCUCAAAGCAGGAGGUUUCAAAGAAAUGAUGCGACAGUUAUGCCAAAGAUUGAGUGGCAGGUUUAGGAAGGAUCUUAGCACGUAUGUAUAAAGUUUAGAAAUGUAACAACUGGCAUAUUUGAACAUGUUCAGAUUUUACAUCAGAUUUAGCAGAAAUGAUUUCAAAGUAUUUCAUUAUUUGGCAGA